AUGGCUUCCGUCACUUCCCUGGACAAGGACCUGCGCAAGCUGCGCGCCGAAAAGUACACGCCCCAGGCCGCCGGCGAGGCAAAGUCCUGGAUCGAGUCCGUCCUCGGCGAGAAGCUGCCCCAGCCCGAUCUGCUCGAUGCCCUCAAAGAUGGCGUUGCUCUGUGCAAGCUCAUCAACAAGGUGCUGCCACCACCCGGCGUCAAGUUCAAGCAGUCGGCCAUGCCCUUCGUCCAGAUGGAAAACAUCUCCAUCUUCCUGCGAUCGUGCAAAGCCCCGCCGCUGAACCUGCUCGAGCACGACGUCUUCUUGACUGUCGAUCUUUACGAGCGCAAAGACCCCGCACAGGUGCUUCAAUGUAUCAGUGCCUUUAGCCGAGCCGCCAAUGCCGCCAACCCCUCAGCAGUCCCGACAGUAAUCGGUCCCAAGAACAACGCUCACAACAACAAGUCCGUUGUAAGUCCCCAGGCCACCGGCGGCGCCCCUCUGAAGAGCCCAGGUCUUCCCGCGCGCAACACCUCGACCGCCAGCAAUGCCACCGUGUCAUCCUUCAGCUCAUCCUUCGGAUCAUCUCUCCAACCGACGGCGUCGCCUUUGGUUGCGCAGAAGACGGGAGGUUCGGUAGCGAGCAGCCGAUGGGGCGCCAAGUCCCCAACCCUCAGUGCCACUACCCCCUCUGUAUCGGGGAGCGUCAGCAGCUGGAGCAACAAGAACCACGAGGGCACCACGUCCCCGGCCUGGAACAUUGCCCAGUAUGGAUACAUGGGCGGUGCGAGUCAAGGCACCAUGGGCGUUUCGUUCGGCGGUCGUCGACAGAUUACCACUGCUGCACCGCACGUGCCCAGCGUACAGGAAAAAGAGCGGAAGCGGAAGGAAGCCGAGGCAGAGGCGGAACGCAAGCGCAAGGAGGAGGAACAACGGAAGAAGGCCGAGAAGGAGGCCGCCGAGGAGCACGCUCGUCAGGAAGAGGAACGCAGGUGGGAGGUGGAGACCCGUAAGGCCCGUGAGGAAGAGCGCAAGAAGCUCGAGGAGGAAAAGCGACGUUGGCAGGAGGAGGAACGUCAGUGGAAGCUCGAUCAGGAGAAGCGACGCAAGGACGAAGAGGAGGCCGAGCGACGACUGCAAGCCGAGCUGAAGCAGGAGGAGGAGAAGAAGCGCGCCGCCGAGAAGCAGAUCCAGCAGCAGGCACAGGCACAGGCACAGGCACAGGCACAGGCACAGGCACAGGCACAGGCACAAGCACAACAUACCCGCGAGAGGAGCGAUCCCCGGCUGCGCGGCCAGCUACUCAGCCAGUACCAGGCCGAAGAGUCCCGAGACAAGGAGCGGAUAAGAGAGCUCGAGCGGGAACUCGAGAAGGCCCGGAGGCGGGAGGCCGAGUACGAGCGCGAGCGCCAGGAACGCAGCCGUCGACUCGGCGUCAGCAGCGGCGACGACUCGGACGAGAAGCAGCGCUCCCGCAGUCGUCCUGCUCGGCCCAUCAGCAGGCAAGAUUCGUGGAGGCCGCGCGACGAGCGGCGGUUCUCUAGCAGACCUCCGUCGCCUCUAGUGCAGGACAUCCUCGACGGAUACCUCGAUAGCCCCGUUCAGCCGGCAGCCGGAAGCCGGUCCCCCCGACUAGCCCUCUCCCCACGCCCACUACCCGACCCGACCUCGCCGUCCAGACCGCUCCCGAUCCCCGCGAACCCCAUGCUCUCGCCCCCUCAGAAGCUUACUGCUCAGCGAACCGGCGGUGCCAACGGCGAGAACAAGGGCAACGGCCUAUCCCCCGCCCUCCCCAUCCGGCCCAACCACACCGGCAACAGCCGCCCCCUUCCCAGCCCGCACGCCGCCGGCACCUCCCCCCUUCAAGUUCGCGGUCAACAACCCGUCACCCCUACCCAACCUCAGCCUCACGGUAGCAAAUCCCCCUUCAACAAGCCACGCUCUCCGUACUCGCCCACCCAAAAGACCGGAGGCGGGUUUGCCGCCCUGUCUCUUCUGGAAAGGGAAAUGGAGCUCGAGCGCCAGCGCCAGCGCGAAUGGGAGGAGGCGCAGCAGGAGACGGCCAAUGCUGUCCGCGCCGACGAGGGAGUGAAUGGAAUCGGCGGAGGCAUUGGUGGCCGCUGGGACGUCGGCCAGUGGGCCGGGUUCACCGGUGGUGAUUCGCAGAAUCGGGGCAAUCAGGGGAUCGGAGCGGGGAGGAGACCGAUUGUAGGGCCGAGGCCCUUGCCUAAUUUGCCGCAGUAG